CUUUUCCUUAAAGUCAUGAAUAUCUGUAGCACGCACCACUUCCCCUUCCGGUCCAUUCCAUGCCUCUAUGCUUCUAUGAGGGAAACUAAACUUCUUUAUAUCCCUUUUGCAGGUGGUUACUUUUUAGUUUUCUUCCAUGUCCCCUUGUUUCUGUUUUGUUCAAUAUAAAGAGAUAUUCCCUAUUUACUUUUUCCAUCCCGCUCAGCAAUCUGUACAAUGCAAUCAAGUCACCUCUCUCUCGUCUCUUCCAAGGUAGGGAGUUGCAUUCUAGCUAAUCGCUCCUCAUAUGACAAAUCUUGCAAUUCUGCUAUCAUCUUUGUUGGUGCUCUCUGUAUUCCUUCCAACUUUCUUAUGUGCUUUUUUUUCAUGUGGUGACUAAAUUACCGCUGUGUAUUCUAAUCUUGGAUGUAUCAUUGUGGUGAUUAUUUUCCUCAUCAUUUCUAUAUCCAGAUAAGCAAAGGCAACUCUUAUAUUUCUUAGUGGGCUGAGAGUUUCACCUGUUACCAUGUUGAUAUGUUAUUCUGGUGAUAAAUUCUCUGAGAAAAUCACUCCCAGAUCUUUUCUCUUGUUGUCUUAUUUAUUGUUUCAUUCCCCAUCUUAUAGUUAUAGCUACACCUUCUGUUACUUUUUCCAAAUUCCAUCUUUUUACACUUACCAGAGUUAAAUUCCAUUUGCCAUCUGUUGCUCCACUUCCACACCUUGUCUAUAUCUCUUUGUAAUUCUUCACAAUCUUCCAUUCCCUUCACUCUUCUUAUAAGUUUUGCAUCAUCAGCAAAAAGACUCACAUAGCUGGAUACAUUCUCAACCAUAUCAUUUAUAUACACCGCAAACAUUAUUGGUGCCAACACUGACCCUUGGGGGAUCCCACUUAAUACUGGGCUCCACACUGAUGUCUGGUCCCUAAUUACUGUUUGCAUCUCUCUGUUUUUAAGGAAACCGUCCAUCCAUUUCAGCAUUUUUCCAUUUACAACACCUAUCUUCUCCAGUUUCCACAGCAGUCUAUUAUUCAGUACUUUAUUAAAAGCUUUUCUUAAAUCUAAAUAAAUACAGUCUGCCCAACCAUCUUUCUCCUGUAUGAUAUCAAUUACUCUCGAAUAAUAGCAUAAUAAAUUAGUGACACAAGAUCUCCCUUUUCUAAAGCCAAAUUGACAAGUUGUGAGAAUGUCCUUAUCUUCCAAAAACUUGGUCCAUUUGUUCUUUAUUAUCCUUUCACAUAUUUUUGCAACCACACUUGUCAACAAAACCGGUCUAUAAUUUAGUGGGUCUUUUGUGUCUCCUCCUUUAAAUAUGGGUACGAUGUUUGCCCUUUUCCAAUCCUGUGGAACUAUUCCUUCAUUAAUAGAGGUACAUAUGAUGGUAUGUAAUUUAUCACUAAGCUGGUUACUGCAAUCUUUUAUUACCCAUCCUGAUACUCCAUCCGGUCCUGUGGCCUUUCUUACUUCUAAUGUUUUGAUGAUUUUAUCAACUUUCUCUUUUGUUACUUGAAAUUCCUCUAUUUCUUCCAUUUUCAGAUGUGCACAAUGGCCUUAUAAAUUCCUUUUACUUUGUAAAAACUUCCUUAAAGCUCUUAUUCAUCACUUCUGCCAUCUCUUUCAGGUCUUUAUAAACCAGUCCAUUUACCAUUAGCUUUCCUAUACUCACUUUGCUUUUCAGUUUACCAUUCACAUAUUUAUAGAAGAGUUUUGGCUCAUGUUUAUACCUGUCUAUUAUAUCUUUUCAAACUGUCUUUGUUCAUGUGUGUGUGUGUGUGUGUGUGUGUGUGUGUGUGUGUGUGUGUGUGAAAAAAAAUAUCAGACUACCAUUCUAACAUAAACACUUAUGAUUUUAUUAAUUUAUCAGUAUCUGUGCAGUAACAUGACAUAAAAUAUCAUUAUAAGACACAUGCCUCUUAAGUCUGCAAACUUUGAUAUUUAGGUGAUUUUGCAUGAAUCCUUUUUUUUUCUUAAAGUUCCAGAUAUUUUAUUUGGGGGGAUUUAAUUAAUUAUAAUUUUUUUAAGCAACAAUGUAACAGGAGUGCAUGUGUUGUCUUACCUAAUCAUAUUUCUACAUGAUCAAGUCAAGCUUGUAAUGUUACUUCUUUUAAAAUUAGUUCCCCCAACAGGAGCGAGGUCUUUGCUCCUGCUUGGGGGGGGGAGGUUCUAAUUUUGUUACUGCACAUCUCUACAGUCCACCACUCCACCUGGAACCCGGAGAAUAUAAAGAUGAUUUGGCCAGGAGCACCUUUUGGAGUACAUCACACACAAAAAUUGCAAAUUCAGUUUUGAAGACAUCUCUUAGAAGGUAACUUUUGACAGCACAUCUUUCUUAUUCUAUGACAUUUCUUUGUCAGACCCAUUGUUUUGCCAUAUUUUGCAUAUUUUGACUUAUCUGCAUGUGAGUGAAGGUUUCUACCUUGCAAAUUGCAUUACUAUAGCCUCAUUACUACAGCUCAAGUGUGCAAAAUGCACAAAUUAUAUGGCAUAAUUCACUUCACGUAUGGGACAGCCAGUUUUGGUUGACACCAUUGGACUUAGCAGUGACUGUAGAAUCAAGAUGUAAAAACUUGACAAAACAAAAAAGAAAAUGGCAUUAUGACAAGUUGAACUGUGAAGAUGUUAAAAAAAUGUCUAUAACAUGUUUUACUUAUGCUUGCUAUUUUCAACAAUUAAUCAUCAAAUGCUGAAAUAUAUUACUACAUUUAAGUAGGAAAAACUCUUGUGAACAUGAUAGUGUGAUCAGAAUGCAGACAGAUAAAUCUCCACAUACUGAAAACAGAGUCAUUUAUAGCAACUCACUGCAACUGUCACAGUGGCAUGUGCAGGCAGGAUCUGCAGGUCUGCAAUGCAUCUAAAACUUGGAACCACCUAGCCGCUGAGGGAAGGUCUUCUAAGCUGCUCCGCAGCUUAAAGCCAUUAUUACCUUUUCUAUAAAUGUAUGAAUGCUCCUUCCACACACACAAUUCAUCAUCAGUCAAUGCAUUCAGUUACGGAACUGGGGGAUACACUUGGCUGCCUUGUAACUGCACCACAGCAGCCCCAGCUACCUUGUCUGUCAGAAUAUUGACCAAUAUCACUGUAGUUGACAUACCAAGUCACAUGGGUCCAGUAUCCAGGUCCUCACUGUUUCACUUAACUCUUACACAACUCACAAACAGGCAUAGGUGGGUGUUGGCAGGGAAAAUCACAGCAAAUUCUAUUCCAGUUUAUUACACACUUUGCUCCUAUCUCAGAGCCACAGGCAGACUCUUCUGUGUUUGCAACCACAUUGUCACGAGCCUCCAGCCUUGCCAAUGUGUAGCUUAUAAACACACAUUAAUUCACACACACACACACACACACACACACACACACCACUUAGCGCUGAUUUUUUAAACAGAAAAUGGCAACCCGACGUUCGUGCGAGGUUAUCGGAAGAGUUGGCAGCCUUUGCUCCCAAUAUUGGUAGACCUGAGCACAUAUAAACAAAUCCACGUGCUACCUUUAGUUCGCCCACAGCUUCGCCGCUAUCAUGAGUGUGCCUGCCUCUUCUGUUCUCCUCCUCUCUCCACGAGAAAAAACUGUCGCACUCACGAAUGCUCAAUGCCAGAGACUGUCUGAGGUGAUAACUUCAAAGAAAAUCCUGUUGGAUCAUUCUACAGGCUUCAACGGGAUAAGAAAAAAACAGAAAGCUUGGGAGGAAGUAGCUGCUGAAUUCAACCUCAGCUACCCUGCUGAACGUCCCAGGACAGUAACCCAACUCAAAUGGGCUUGGGAGUACAUAAGGAGAUGAGUGAAGAUGAAUCACAAGAAAUUUCUUCAUGAGUCCUUCAAGACUGGUGGAGGGCCACCACCAAAACCAGUCACAGAUGACUUCUUGGCUGUUGCAACAGAUGCACUGUCUGAGGAGCUGCAAUUUGCAGACAACCAGCUAGAUAGCUUAGUACCCAUAGUCAUAAGAGAAGAGGAAGUGGAAAUGAUUGACGACGACAUGCUUUCUGCAUGUACAAUAGCAGCAGGACCAUUGACAACACCAGCAGCAGGACCAGCAACAGCACCAGCAGCAGGACCAGCAACAGCACCAGCAGCAGGACCAGUGACAGCACCACCACCAGGACCAGCAACAGCACCAGCAGCAGGACCAGUAACAGCACCACCACCAGGACCAGCGACAGCAUCAGCAGCAAGACCAGCAACAGCACCACCACCAGGACCAGCGACAGCACCACCACCAGGACCAGCUUCAGCACCACCAACAGUUACAGCAACAGCACCAGCAAUGGCACCAGCAACACCACCAGCAGGGCCAGCAACAGCACCAGGAGGAACAUCACAAACUGGACCCUCCACCCAUAGAGGCCGAAAGAGACCCCUACACAGUGAGAGGGAGGAAUGUUUCCGCUCUAUUCGAGAAGGUGCAGAGACCUUGAAUGACGACUUGAAAGUGUCAUUGCAAAACUUCUCUGCUCUAUGUGAGAAGCUUGGCAAUCAAGCUGAGCUGGCAGCAAAUGCAUUUGCUCAGGCAUUGCAAACAUCAACAAAUGCAUUUGUUCAGACUAUGCAUAAUGUUGAUAGCACUAUGGAACAAGUAAUGACAGCACCAGGAGGAACAUCACAAACUGGACCCUCCACCCGUAGAGGCCGAAAGAGACCCCUACGCAGUGAGAGGGAGGAAUGUUUCCGCUCUAUUCGAGAAGGUGCAGAGACCUUGAAUGACGACUUGAAAGUGUCAUUGCAAAACUUCUCUGCUCUAUGUGAGAAGCUUGGCAAUCAAGCUGAGCUGGCAGCAAAUGCAUUUGCUCAGGCAUUGCAAACAUCAAUAAAUGCAUUUGUUCAGACUAUGCAUAAUGUUGAUAGCACUAUGGAACAAGUACGCAAGUACUACAGCCCAGCUUCUGGGAGACCCAGCAGUCUGUAAGUAUCCUGUGUGUGUGUGUGUGUGUGUGUGUGUGUGUGUGUGUGUGUGUGUGUGUGUGUCUGUGUGUGUGUGGUGUGUGUGUCUGUGUGUGUGUGGUGUGUGUGUGUGUGUGUGUGUGUGUGUGUGUGUGUGUGUGUGUGUGUGUGUGUGUGUGUGUGUGUGUGUGUGUGUGUGUGUGUGUGUUGUAUAUUUGAGUGAAAACAAAUAAAAAAAAAAACAAAUCUUGACCUCCAUUUAUUUUCAUGACCUACACUUUGAGGUUCAUAUAUAAUUAUAUAUAACAUUUCUUUCAUGUCUUGUCCUUCACAGGAAAAUAUAUAAUUACAUCCUACAUGGUACUUGUAUCUUGUAUUGAGUCACAUAACAAUGUAUCAAAUGACAGAUGCAAUUGAGUUUAAGAUUGAAAUGAUAUGCAUUACAAUUUUGGGAUAGAGGAAAGCACGUGUAAUUUGGCACAUUUUAAAACCAGUUCUCAAUUGUGUAGCUCCGUAAUACCAAGCCACUGGCAGCAUUCUCAUUGGGUACUGCUUGCUCAGCAUUUAUGUUUGGGAUUGCAUUUCCAAGUACCUCAUCCUCAUCCAUCUCAUCAGGCAUGGGAACAUUGUGUAAUCUAGCAAUAUUGUGCAAAAUGACACAUGACAUAAUUAUUUGCUUGGUUGUGCUAAGUUUUGUCCGCACCUCUUUAUUAAGGAUGGCAAACCUGCGUUUCAGCACACCAAAAGCUCUCUCAAUAACAUUUCGGGUUUUAAUGUGAGCUAUGUUAUACUUCCGUUUUUUUUCAGUUGUUGGUGAAAGAAGCGGAGUCAGCAAAUAUUUCCUGCAUGGGUACCCAGAGUCACCCAGGAGAUACCCACUAUAAUUUCCCUCCUCUAACAGAUGGCACACUCUUGAAUUAUCAAAUACUCUGCUGUCAUGCACACUACCUGGCCAGCUACAUAUUAUGUUUCUAAACACUAGGUUAUAAUCACAAAUCCCCAUAACAUUGAUGGCAAAGCGGCCCUUUCGUGAUCUAUAGAGUUCCGCAUGAUCACCUCCAGGGCUUAUUAUGUUGAUGUACGAACCAUCAAUACAACCAAUACAACCUGGCAUGCCAGCAAUAUUGAAGAAAUUGGAGGCAAGGUCAGGAAUGUCAGUUGGCUCUGGAAAUUUUAUAUAAGUCCGAGCUAGAGUACAUAAAAUGGUUGAGAUACUUCUAACAAUUUUACAUACAGAGGCAGCAGACAUCCCCAGGCAGUUGGCCAUACAUAUCUGGAAGCUUCCUGUGGCAAAAUACAUCAUUGCUGUGAGGAGCUGGAGGUAUUUCUGAUCGCCAGUAUGGGUUCCGUCAAGGACGCUCUACUGGUGAUCUUCUGGCUUUCCUUACUGAGUCUUGGUCAUCCUCUUUUAGAGACUUUGGUGAAACUUUUGCUGUUGCCUUGGACAUAUCAAAAGCCUUUGAUAGAGUCUGGCACAAAGCUUUGAUUUCCAAACUACCCUCCUACGGUUUCUAUCCUUCUCUCUGUAACUUCAUCUCAAGUUUCCUUUCUGACCGUUCUAUUGCUGCUGUGGUAGACGGUCACUGUUCUUCUCCUAAAUCUAUUAACUGUGGUGUUCCUCAGGGUUCUGUCCUGUCACCCACUCUCUUCUUAUUAUUCAUUAAUGAUCUUCUAAACCAAACUUCUUGUCCUAUCCACUCCUAUGCUGAUGAUACCACCCUGCACUUUUCCACGUCUUUUCAUAGACGUCCAACCCUUCAGGAGGUAAACAUAUCACGCAGGGAAGCCACAGAACGCCUGACUUCUGAUCUUUCUAAAAUUUCUGAUUGGGGCAGAGCAAACUUGGUAUUGUUCAAUGCCUCAAAAACUCAAUUCCUCCAUCUAUCAACUCGACACAAUCUUCCAGACAACUAUCCCCUCUUCUUCAAUGACACUCAACUGUCCCCCUCUUCUACACUGAACAUCCUCGGUCUGUCCUUUACUUAUAAUCUGAACUGGAAACUUCACAUCUCAUCUCUAGCUAAAACGGCUUCUAUGAAGUUAGGUGUUCUGAGACGUCUCCGCCAGUUUUUCUCACCCCCCCAGCUGCUAACUCUGUACAAGGGCCUUAUCCGUCCAUGUAUGGAGUAUGCUUCACAUGUCUGGGGGGGUUCCACUCAUACUGCUGUUCUAGACAGGGUGGAAUCAAAAGCUUUUCGUCUCAUCAACUCCUCUCCUCUAACUGACUGUCUUCAGCCUCUCUCUCACCGCCGCAAUGUUGCAUCUCUUGCUGUCUUCUACCGCUAUUUUCAUGCUAACUGCUCUUCUGAUCUUGCUAACUGCAUGCCUCCCCUCCUUCCGCGGCCUCGCUGCACAAGACUUUCUUCUUUCUCU